GUAACAAAACUAGCGGCAGUACGGUCCGUCUCUCGAGAUUCGCAAAUAUUCUCUUUCAACUUUUAGAUACUUUGUAAUUGCUCAGAAAAGGAGAUUUGUAUAUUGUGAACGGAAAAUCACAGAAUGAGUGUUGCCAGUGUUUAUAAUUAUUUUAUGAUUGACUUAGCAGAUCCGAUCACACGGAAAUGGGCGUUAGUAGAAACGCCUUUCACAUUAAUAAUUAUAACUUCUGCUUAUUUGUAUUUUAUACUUUACGCCGGACCGGGUUACAUGAAGAAUCGACGACCAUUUGACUUAAGAACUUUUAUAUUAUUUUAUAACGUAUUUCAAAUUCUUGCUAAUGCGUGGCUGGUACACAGUCACAUAUCUGUCGGCUGGUUUACUGAAUAUAGCAUAAACUAUAAAAAUAAUAAUAGCGAUCCGACGAGUGAAAAUGGUUUUAAGUUAAUAACUAUUAUAUGGUGGGUACUAAUAUUAAAACUAAUUGAUUAUAUCGACACGUGUAUAUUUGUUUUACGGAAAAAACAAAACCAAGUUACUACUUUGCAUGUGUAUCAUCAUGUGAGUAAUGUCAUUUUCACGUGGUAUUUCCUCAAAUACAUAGUGGAACCCAGAAUGACAUUUGUGACUUUACUUAAUUCUUUUAUACAUGUUAUCAUGUAUACAUAUUACUUCACUGCAGCAUGGAGCACAACUAUGCAACAAAAAGUAUCUGUUUUUAAACCUUUUAUUACGAAGAUGCAAAUGACGCAGUUUGUUGCGAUGAUGUGCUAUGAAGUACAGGUUUUUCUAGAUUCAGAAUGCAAAGGACCACAACGAGUAAAACACAUUAUAUUCGUUUCUUUUUUUAACUUGCUACUAUUGCACUAUCUAUACUUAUUUUAUGACUUUUAUAAAAAGUCAUAUGGCAAAAAACAGAAACAGAAAACUGCACAACAAUAAAAUAAAAUUUAUGUAUGUAACAAACAGGGUUGAGAAGUAAAACGCGACAUUUGUAACGUCGUUACUGUUAUAGUAACCAAAAAAAAAUUCUUACGUCUUUAUAAAUGUACGCUGAAACUAGUGGCCGUAAGAGAGUUGUAAGAAAAAUACAAUAUAAAACAUGA